AUGUCGUUCUUUUGGGGAAGUCUUUUGGGCCUGAGCCUUGUGGCCUACAGCAAUGCCAGCCCAAGACCAGACCUGCCCCAUGGCUAUACUCUCGUUAAAUCCACCGAUGCGGGAAAAUCCACAACUUACGAGGAAAUCGGAUUUUACUCAUCUGCAACCACCCCCGGUGCCUCUGCUACAUUUGUUCCAAAAUAUGACGCCACUGUCGUUAGUGGUAAAACGCUCCCUUUCGUAACAACUACCGAUGAUGCCGGAACACCGGUUACCUGGAUCGGAGAUUGGAAUACGAAUUCAGCCGGUUCUUCAAGCCUGAUACCCGUGCAAGUUUGCUCAGAGAUUGCACAACCGCUAGAGGGCAGAUCGAAGCUUCUACAGCGGCGGGAUUUGGUCUGCGCGGAGGUGUCUGCUUUCACUUCGAGACCCGUGCAAACCACCACUCCCAAGUCUCCUACCUUGACCAGUCCCACCAUCAACUUCAUCGAGGCCGAGUUCGUCGACUCCAACAUCUACUUCGCCUACAAAGAGCCCGACCUCGAGCCCGACCUCGAGUACCUCAUUACAGAGCUCUACUACCGAGAACAGCUCUGA